AUGCCCGUCCGCAUCAUGUGCAGCAUCUCCUUCUCGGCCGACGACGAGCCCAGAGGACCGGGAAAUGACUUAUUCGACGACCGCUACCGCAAGGGGAUCAAAUCCAGUGACGGCGACGGUCAUGGGGAGUACCGGGAGGACGGGUGUGAAGAACUGGACGUGUACGACGAAGAUCAAGACGACGCCAGCAAGUUGGACAGCCUAGCCGCGUUCUUCGAUGGCUGCUCGCUCCACGGCGCCAACCACAUCUUCGCGGAAGACAAGAAGUUCAGUGUGCGUCAGGGCCUCUGGGCCAUCGUCUUCCUGCUAGCGCUCUCCGCGUUCCUCCUUCAGGUGUUCGACCGUGUCGUCUACUACCUGUCCUACGAUCACGUCACAAUGCUGGACGAGAGAAAUGCCCCCAACUUGACCUUCCCGGCCGUCACCUUCUGUAACUACAACUACUUCCGCCGCUCCCAGAUCAGUUAUAGUGACCUGCUGUUCAUGGGCCAGCUGCUGGGGUAUGAAGACAACAUGGCCCCUGGGAUCCCCCUGGCCCCCGAGCCCGACCGCCAAGGAUCCCGGUUCAGCCUCGAUGAGUUCCAUAACCGCACCAGACACCGUAUAGAAGAUAUGCUGCUGGAGUGCAACUACAGAGGGAAAGAGUGUGGCCCGGAGGCCUUCAGAGAGGUACAGUAGCCAGUUAGUUAUUAGUGAUUAUUAGUAUUGCCGCUGGUGAUAAUAGAGUAACUUCAGAGGGAUCAAGUCCCGAAGGUAGGGGCUUACAUAGGGUGCCAUUACAGACACAUCCAUCGAGUGUGGUCCCGAAGCCUUCCAGAGGCUGGUCCCGAAGGUAGGGGCUUACUUAACAGUGAUUAUAAGUAAGUUAAGAUAUAGGCUCUGUGUGAAUAGGGUGCUGGCUAUAAGUAGUACACUAUAGGGUAUAGGGUGCAAUUACAGACACAUCCAUUGAGUGUGGUCCGGAAGCCUUCCAAGAAGUAGUAUUUCGGGCGGCGGCGGGUGGCUUCCGGGCGGCUUCCGGGCGGCGGGUGGCUUAGUGGUUAAGAGCGUUGUGCCAGUUACCAAAAGGUCGCUGGUUCUAAUCCCCGAGCCGACUAGGUUAAAAAAUCUGUCGAUGUGCCCUUGAGCAAGGCACUUAACCCUAAUUGCUCCUGUAAGUCGCUCUGGAUAAGAGCGUCUGCUAAAUGACUAAAAUGUCAAUGUAAAUGUAAAUGUAAGUAGGUACUGAGGUAAUUUAGCUUUCUUAGAGCAUUUCUUACACAGUUCAUGGGGUUAACAGUGCUUCCACUUUUCCUUUAUUAUUCUAACACUGGGAAAUGAAUUGCAUUUGAAAGGAAUUGUAGUGUAGCAUAGUCAGAGUGACAGUAAAUAGCUAGACAUUUAUUGAUAUUUGGGCUUUUGCCAUUGCACUUUGCCAUUGUCCCCUUGACUGUUACCUCUAGAUAAAGCAUGGUUUGCAUGCUGAAUGGCAGGCUGUUAUUUGUGGACAAUGCUCUGCCGUCAGCAUAUUGAUUUCACAAUAACCUUUGCACAGUAUUCAAGAUAUCGCCCUCUGACUACGAAUGACUGAAUUUGAUCAGUAUCAUGUUUAUGCAGCAGGCAAUAAUGACAGUGUUCUGUUCUAACCCGGGCCUGACAAUAAAGGAAUAUGAGACCUUCAUUUCAAAUCUCUCGAUAUUACCUGUUGGCAGUUUUGACAGCAUUUCUUGGAGUCGCUUUCAAGAUACCCUAAACUCACAUCUGCAGCACAUCUCAAUCCCUGACCAGUCUCCUCCUUCCUAAAACACUUCCAUCCACCUCCUAGAGGCAUAGAUAUAUUGUCUAUGUGAUAUAGAAUGAAUUCCUGGAAAAAAAUACAAAUAAGUAUAAUCAUCUGUACUUUCAUACCACCGACCUCAAUCCUUAUCACAGACAUUAGAGGAAAAAACAGAAGGUCAUGCACCUCCACUAGCACAGCCUCAUUUUAAUUGGAAAACUCAUUAUAAUGGGCAUUUCUUGUAGAAUAUCGGCAGCUGUUUUCUGAGAUCCAAAGAUACGCUGAUAACUGCUUGGCUAAGAAAUAAGUAUCAAUUUCUGCUGAAGGAGAACAGGGAGAAUCAUAUUCACAUUAAAAGUGUGAAAUGGUAGAAAAGUCCAGGGCCAAGCACUCAAGUGGGUGGCUUGAACUUUCAUCACGGUAUCCAUGGUGACCUAUUUUUCCUCUCAUAGAUACAAGUUAAAAUGUAAUCAAUUCCCUAUUUUCAUGCUGUGUUAUAUAGGACUCUAUUUUAACAAACCUAACGCAAUGGUAAAUCUAAGCGCUGGUGGUAGCGCCAUAGCUUCAGGGGUUGUGUCAGAAAUAUUUGUGCUAUUUUCAUAACCAUAAUUGUGGGAGCAGUAGCUGGCGGUGGGGCGAAAGGUCUGGGUUUAGAUGAACAAAGAAGUUGAAGGUGUGUCGAGGCUUGACCCCUCACUGGCCUAUCAGAAAGUGCUCCAUGGCUAAAUAUGUGGUUUCUUCAAGUUGUGUAUUAACUGUCUUUUAUCUAUUGCAUUGUCAUCAACUCUAAUUUGAAUGUUAGUCCGUUAUAGCCUGGUUUGAUAAAUAGUCGACAGAAACAAAAUAACAAAGUGUAGGCCUAUCCCAUAUUUGCUAAAUCUGUUGAAUUUAAUUGCAUUGCUUCAAUAUGGAAAUAACCUGAGUGUACAAAACAUUAGGAACACCUGCUCUUUCUGUUACAUAGACUGACCUAUGAUCCAUUAUUGAUGUCACAUGUUAAAUCCACUUCAAUCAGUGUAGAUGAAGGGGAGGAGACCAGUUAAAGAAGGAUUUGUAAGCCUUUAGACAAUUGAGACAUGGAUUGUGUAUGUGUGCCAUUCAGAGGGUGAAUGGGCAAGACAAAAUAUUUAAGUGCCUUUGAACGGGGUAUGGUUCCAGGCGCACCAGUUUGAGUGUGUCAAGAACUGCAACGCUGCUGGGUUUUUCACACUCUACAGUUUCCCCGUGUGUAUCAAGAAUGGUCCACCACCCAAAUGACAUCCAGCCAACUUGACACAAUUGCAGGAAGCAUUGGAGCCAACAUGGGUCAGCAUCCCUGUGGAACGCUUUCGACACCUUGUAGAGUCAAUGCCCCAACGAAUUGAGGCUGUUCUGAGGGCAAAAGAUGGGGGUGUGCAACUCAGUAUUAAGAAGGUGUUCCUAAUGUUUGGUAUACUGGUGUACAUUUUUAAACCGCACUAUGAAUUUUAUCCCAAUAGCCAGAAGGGUGUGCCAUGGGAGGCAUUGAACUACAGAACAAAAAAGUAAGAAUAAAACAACAACAAAAAAGUGUUGAGAAAAAAAAAGAGCAGAAGUAAAAUAAAGUGACAGUAGGGAGGCUAUAUAUACAGGGGGGUACCGUUGCAUAGUCAAUGUGCGGGGGCACCGGCUAGUUGAGGUAGUUGAGGUAAUAUGUACAUGUGGGUAGAGUUAAAGUGACUAUGCAUAAAUACUUAACAGAGUAGCAGCAGCGUAAAAAGGAUGGGGUGGGGGGGCAGUGCAAAUAGUCCGGGUAGCCAUGAUUAGCUGUUCAGGAGUCUUAUGGCUUGGGGGUAGAAGCUGUUGAGAAGUCUUUUGGACCUAGACUUGGCACUCCGGUACCGCUUGCCGUGCGGUAGCAGAGAGAACAGUCUAUGACUAGGGUGGCUGGAGUCUUUGACAAUUUUGAGGGCCUUCCUCUGACACCGCCUGGUAUAGAGGUCCUGGAUGGCAGGGAGCUUUGCCCCAGUGAUGUACUGGGCCGUACGCACUACCCUCUGUAGUGCCUUGCGGUCAGAGGCCAAGCAGUUGCCAUACCAGGCGGUGAUGCAACCAGUCAGGAUGCUCUCGAUGGUGCAGCUGUAGAAUUUUUUGAGGAUCUGAGGACCCAUGCCAAAUCUUUUUAGUCUCCUGAGGGGGAAUAGGCUUUGUCGUGCCCUCUUCACGACUGUCUUGGUGUGUUUGGACCAUGAUAGUUCGUUGGUGAUGUGGACACCAAGGAACUUGAAGCUCUCAACCUGUUCCACUACAGCCCCGUCGAUGAGAAUGGGGGCGUGCUCAGUCCUCUUUUUUUUCCUGUAGUCCACAAUCAUCUCCUUUGUCUUGGUCACGUUGAGGGAGAGGUUGUUGUCCUGGCACCACACGGCCAGAUCUCUGACCUCCUCCCUAUAGGCUGUCUCAUCGUUGUCGGUGAUCAGGCCUACCACUGUUGUGUCGUCGGCAAACUUAAUGAUGGAGUCGUGCCUGGCCAUGCAGUCAUGGGUGAACAGAGAGUACAGGAGGGGACUGAGCACGCACCCCUGAGGGGCCCCCGUGUUGAGGAUCAGUGUGGCAGAUGUGUUGUUACCUACCCUUACCACCUGGGGGCGGCCCGUCAGAAAGUCCAGGAUCCAGUUGCAGAGGGAGGUGUUUAGUCCCAGGAUCCUUAGCUUAGUGAUGAGCUUAGAGGGCACUAUGGUGUUGAAUGCUGAGCUGUAGUCAAUGAAUAGCAUUCUCACGUAGGUGUUCCUCUUGUCCAGGUGGGAAAGGGCAGUGUGGAGUGCGAUAGAGAUUGCAUCAUCUGUGGAUCUGUUGGGGCGGUAUGCAAAUUGGAGUGGGUCUAGGGUUUCUGGGAUUAUGCUGUUGAUGUGAGCCAUGACCAGUCUUUCAAAGCACUUCAUGGCUACAGACGUCAGUGCUACGGGUCGGUAGUCAUUUAGGCAGGUUACCUUAGAGUUCUUGGGCACGGGGACUAUGGUGGUCUGCUUGAAACAUGUUGGUAUUACAGACUCAGUCAGGGACAUGUUGAAAAUGUCAGUGAAGACACUUGCCAGUUGGUCAGCACAUGCUCGGAGUACACGUCCUGGUAAUCCGUCUGGCCCUGCGGCCUUGUGAAUGUUGACCUGCUUAAAAGUCUUACUCACAUCGGCUACGGAGAGCGUGAUCACAUAGUCGUCCGGAACAGCUGGUGCUCUCAUGCAUGCUUCAGUGUUGCUUGCCUCGAAGCGAGCAUAGAAGUGGUUUAGCUCGUCUGGUAGGCUUGUGUCACUGGGCAGCUCGCGGCUUUGCUUCCCUUUGUAGUCUGUAAUAGUUUUCAAGCCCUGCCACAUCCGACGAGCGUCAGAGCCAGUGUAGUAUGAUUCAAUCUUAGACCUGUAUUGACUCUUUGCCUGUUUGAUGGUUCGUCGGAGGUCAUAGCGGGAUUUCUUAUAAGCGUCCGGGUUAGAGUCCCGUUCCUUGAAAGCGGCAGCUCUACCCUUUAGCUCAGUGCGGAUGUUUCCUGUAAUCCAUGGCUUCUGGUUGGGGUAUGUUCAUAAUGCUACCCCUCCUCAGCUGAGUGGUUAGGUCCAUUGGGACUAACAACCCUCCAGUGAUGUACAGUCGUGGUCAAAAGUUUUGAGAAUGACACAAGUAUUGGUCUUCACAAAGUUCGCUGCUUCAGUGUUAUGAGAUAUUUUUGUCAGAUGUUACUAUGGUAUACUGAAGUAUAAUUACAAGCAUUCCAUAAGUGUCAAAGGCUUUUAUUGACAAUUACAUUAAGUUUAUGCAAAGAGUCAAUAUUUGCAGUGUUGACCCUUCUUUUUCAAGACCUCUGCAAUCCGCCCUGGCAUGCUGUCAAUUAACUUCUGGGCCACAUCCUGACUGAUGGCAGCCCAUUCUUGCAUAGUCAAUGCUUGGAGUUUGUCAGAAUUUGUGGGUUUUUGUUUGUCCACCUGCCUCUUGAGGAUCGACCACAAGUUCUCAAUGGGAUUAAGGUCUGGGGAGUUUCCUGGCCAUGGACCCAAAAUGUAGAUGUUUUGUUCCCGAGCCACUUAGUUAUCACUUUUACCUUAUGGCAAGGUGCUCCAUCAUGCUGGAAAAGGCAUUGGUCGUCACCAAACUGUUCUUGGAUGGUUGGGAGAAGUUGCUCUCGGAGGAUGUGUUGGUACCAUUCUUUAUUCAUGGCUGUGUUCUUAGGCAAAAUUGUGAGUGAGCCCACUCCCUUGGCUGAGAAGCAACCCCACACAUGAAUGGUCUCAGGAUGAUUUACUGUUGACAUGACACAGGAUUGAUGGUAGCGCUCACCUUGUCUUCUCCGGACAAGGUGUUUUCCGGAUGCCCCAAACAAUCGGAAAGGGGAUUCAUCAGAGAAAAUGACUUUACCUCAGUCCUCAGCAGUCCAAUCCAUGUACCUUUUGCAGAGUAUCAGUCUGUCCCUGAUGUUUUUCCUAGAGAGAAGUGGCUUCUUUGCUGCCCUUCUUGACACCAGGCCAUCCUCCAAAAGUCUUCGCCUCACUGUGCGUGCAGAUGCACUCACACCUGCCUGCUGCCAUUCCUGAGCAAGCUCUGCACUGGUGGUGCCCCGAUCCCGCAGCUGAAUCAACUUUAGGAGACGGUCCUGGCACUUGCUGGACUUUCUUGGGCACCCUGACGCCUUCUUCACAACAAUUGAACCUCUCUCCUUGAAGUUCUUGAUGAUCCGAUAAAUGGUUGAUUUAGGUGCAAUCUUACUAGCAGCAAUAUCCUUGCCUGUGAAGCCCUUUUUGUGCAAAGCAAUGAUGACGGCACGUGUUUCCUUGCAGGUAACCAUGGUUAACAGAGGAAGAACAAUGAUUUCAAGCACCAGCCUCCUUUUAAAGCUUCCAGUCUGUUAUUCUAACUCAAUCAGCAUGACAGUGUGAUCUCCAGCCUUGUCCUCGUCAACACUCUCACCUGUGUUAACGAGAGAAUCACUAACAUGAUGGCAGCUGGUCCUUUUGUGGCAGGGGAUGAAAUGCAGUGGAAAUGUUUUUUGGGGAUUAAGUUCAUUUUCAUGGCAAAGAGGGACUUUGCAAUUAAUUGCAAUUAAUCCAAUCACUCUUCAUGACAUUCUGGAGUAUAUGCAAAUUGCCAUCAUCAAAACUGAGGCAGCAGAAUUUGUGAAAAUUAGUAUUUGUGUAAUUCUCAAAAGUUUUGACCACGACUGUAUAUAUCCCUCUGCAGAAUAGUUAGGUCCACUGGGACCUAUAACGCCCCUGGAAAUGGAAGAUAAACACAACCAUCAAUGAAAUAAACACCAGGCUGGAGUUGGCGGUUAAAAUCCCUAGUGGGAGAAGAGAAAGAAAACCUCAAAGAGACCACAUUAUGUAUUUAUCCAGACACAUACACAUCCCCUCUCAGUUUAUACAAUCAAUAGGGAGUAUUUAUUUGGGGUAAUUUGGUCAUUGGCAACAAUAGAAGACAUGAUGAGAGAAAAUCAUUCCACCCUUUAUUAUCAUAAGCUCUGUGUUGGUGGAGAAGGAAAGUGUGUGUGUGUGUGCGUGCGUGCGUGUGUUGGUUUUUGCCCUAGCACUAUACAGCUGAUUCAAAUAAACAAAGCUUGAUGAUGAGUUGAUUAUUUUUAUUAGCUGUGUAGUGCUAGAGCAACAAAAAAAAAAACGUGCACCUCAGGGUCCCCAGGACUGAGUUUGGGAAACACUGCUCUAAGCAUUGCCCUGGAUCUGGAUCAAUGGCAGGCCUGCUAAUGCCUGGCAGAGCAGACAGAGGGCUCAACUUACACACACACACACAGGUAAAGAGUACUCAGCUUACACAGAGAGAGAGAGAGAGAGAGAGAGAGAGGAGAGAGAGAGAGGAGAGAGAGAGAGAGAGAGAGAGAGGGGAGAGACGAGAGAGAGAGAGAGAGACGAGGAGAGAGAGAGAGAGAGAGAGAGAGAGAGAGAGAGAGAGAGAGAGAGAGAGAGAGCUCUGCUUACACACACACACAGAGAGAGAGAGCUCAGUUUACACACACACAGAGAGAGAGAGAGAGAGCUCAGCUUCACUAAUUUCCCCUGCAGUAUCUAGAUAGGUGUCCUGUCCUGAGCAGAGCUAUAGAAAGGUGCCUUCAACAGGAAUAGUUGGACACACACACAGACAGAGGGCUAAGCUUACAGCCUUCUGUCCCAGGACAGCUGAAUAUGAUCAGGCCUGGAACACUGGAAGGAUGGGGAGGCAGCAUCUACAUCUUGGCUCUGUCCAUUACUCCCGGCUCCCUUUACAUCCCAACUCAGCAUCACCGCUAGCAUCACCAUCUCCGCAUGAGCACUUAGGUUUCACCUCAUGAAUAUAGAGCUGAACUUUUGCUGUCUCCUCAAGAACAUAGAGCUGAACUUCUGCUGUCUCCUCAAGAACAUAGAGCUGACAGUAUCGCCACCUAUGUUGUAGACAGAAUCGCCCCCUAUGUUGUAGACAGUAUCGCCCCAUAUGUCGUAGACAGUAUCGCCCCCAUGUUGUAGACAGUAUCACCCACUAUUUCGUAGACACUAUCGCCCCCUAUGUUGUAGACAGUUUCGACCCCUAUGUUGUAGACAGUAUCGCCCCCUAUUUCGUAGACAGUAUCGCCCCUAUGUCGUAGACAGUAUCGCCCCCUAUGUCGUAGACAGUAUCGCCCCCUAUUCCGUAGACAGUAUCGCCCCCUAUGUCGUAGACAGUAUCGCCCCCUAUUUCGUAGACAGUAUCGCCCCCUAUGUCGUAGACAGUAUCGCCCCCUAUGUCGUAGACAGUAUCGCCCCCUAUUUCGUAGACAGUAUCGCCCCCUAUGUCGUAGACAGUAUCGCCACCUAUUUCGUAGACAGUAUCGCCCCCUAUGUCGUAGACAGUAUCGCCCCCUAUUUCGUAGACAGUAUCGCCCCCUAUGUCGUAGACAGUAUCGCCCCCUAUGUCGUAGACAGUAUCGCCCCCUAUUUCGUAGACAGUAUCGCCCCCUAUGUUGUAGACAGUAUCACCCCCUAUGUCGUAGACAGUAUCGCCCCUUAUGUCGUAGACAGUAUCGCCCUUUAUGUCGUAGACAGUAUCGCCCCCUAUGUUGUAGACAGUAUCGCCCCCUAUGUCGUAGACAGUAUCGCCCCCUAUGUCGUAGACAGUAUCGCCCCCUAUUUCGUAGACAGUAUCGCCCCCUAUUUCGUAGACAGUAUCGCCCCCUAUGUUGUAGACAGUAUCGCCCCCUAUUUCGUAGACAGUAUCGCCCCCUAUGUCGUAGACAGUAUCGCCCCCUAUGUCGUAGACAGUAUCGCUCCCUAUGUCGUAGACAGUAUCGCCCCCUAUGUUGUAGACAGUAUCGCCCCCUAUGUCGUAGACAGUAUCGCCCCCUAUUUCGUAGACAGUAUCGCCCCCUAUUUCGUAGACAGUUUCGACCCCUAUGUUGUAGACAGUAUCGCCCCCUAUGUCGUAGACAGUAUCGCCCCCUAUGUCGUAGACAGUAUCGCCCCCUAUGUCGUAGACCAGGGUUCUUCAAUUCCGGUCCUGGAGGGCCGAAACACUUCUGUUUUUUAUUUCUUCCUGGUAGUUAAUUGCACUCACCUGGUGUCCCAGGUCUGAAUUAGCCCCUGAUUAGAAGGAGAGGAUGAAAAACAGAGGUGUUUCGGCCCUCCAGGACCGGAAUUGAAGAACCCUGUCGUAGACAUUAUCGCUCCCUAUGUCGUAGACAGUUUCGCCCCGAAUGUUGCAGACAGUAUCGCCCCCUAUGUCGUAGACAGUAUCGCCCCCUAUGUCGUAGACAGUAUCGCCCCCUAUGUCGUAGACAGUAUCGCCCCCUAUGUCGUAGACAGUAUCGCCCCCUAUGUCGUAGACAACACUACUUCCAGUUUAUGUAGGGACCUUUUACAGUGUUUGUGUGUGUGUAGAUUGCCUGUUUGACCUUGACUCAACUCGUGGUUCUGUAACCCGAGUGUGGCCUGGCUCUGUGUCGUUGGAUUAGAGAAGCCAGACACUGAAUAUGGGGCUGACGACAACACAGCCACAUCAAAUAUUAAACAGAGUGAGAAACAGAUAUCCUGCCCUCUGCUUUCCCUUUGCCUCAGUAGCCUCAAUAGCAUGGAAUUCUUCAGUUCACCAUGCAAUAUGGCAUAUUGAUUGAUUGAUUGAUUGAUUGAAGGAAUUUAUUGGAUCAUUAAAAGUAGCAGACUACUCAAGCUGGAGACGACAUAUCAGUGGUGACAGGGCUGGGUAGGAUACAGCAUAUCAGACAAUAUACAGUUCUAUAUUGAAGUGUUCUCUCUACAUCCCACUAUGUAUCCCAUGCAGGGUUGGGUAGAUUACAGCAUAACAGACUAUAUACUGUUCUACAAUCAGUUUAUUAGGUACACCACCCCGUUCACAAUAAUGUUUAGUUCCUACAGCAGCAGUAUGAUUCACAUCAUUGAGAGAGCAGCAGUGUGAUUCACAUCAUUGAGAGAGCAUCAGUGUGAUUCACAUCAUUGAGAGAGCAACAGUGUGAUUCACAUCAUUGAGAGAGCAGCAGUGUGAUUCACAUCAUUGAGAGAGCAGCAGUGUGAUUCACAUCAUUGAGAGAGCAGCAGUGUGAUUCACAUCAUUGAGAGAGCAGCAGUGUGAUUCACAUCAUUGAGAGAGCAACAGUGUGAUUCACAUCAUUGAGAGAGCAGCAGUGUGAUUCACAUCACUGAGAGAGCAGCAGUGUGAUUCACAUCAUUGAGAGAGCAGCAGUGUGAUUCACAUCAUUGAGAGAGCAGCAGUGUGAUUCACAUCAUUGAGAGAGCAGCAGUGUGAUUCACAUCAUUGAGAGAGCAGCAAUGUGAUUCACUUAAUUGCUAUGUAGAUAUCAAUAAAAUACCUAAGUGAUAUCCGUAUCGCCCGUAGGCUACACCACUGUUUCCCAACUCCAGUCCUCCAGUACCCCCAACAGCACACAUUUUGGUUGUUGCCCCAGACAAACAUACCUCAUUCAACUCAUUUAGGGCUUGAUGAUUAGUUGACAAGUUGCACCACUGCUGUCGUCCUUACCUCUGAGCGUUUAUUCAAAUCAGGGGUCUAAUCUUUGAUGCCGACAGCAGUCACACCAUUGGAAGACAUAACUUGGACUGUAGCCUACCAAAACCUAUUCCUCCUUUUUUCCCGCAAUCCAAUCAAAUGCAUUUGGUGUGUCAUCAUAGUGGUCUCUGAUUGGUGGUCAUCAUUUGGUGUGUCAUCAUAGUGGUCUCUGACUUGUGGUCAUCAUUUGGUGUGUCAUCAUAGUGGUCUCUGACUGGUGGUCAUCAUUUGGUGUGUCAUCAUAGUGGUCUCUGACUUGUGGUCAUCAUUUGGUGUGUCAUCAUAGUGGUCUCUGACUGGUGGUCAUCAUUUGGUGUGUCAUCAUAGUGGUCUCUGAUUGGUGGUCAUCAUUUGGUGUGUCAUCAUAGUGGUCUCUGAUUGGUGGUCAUCAUUUGGUGUGUCAUCAUAGUGGUCUCUGAUUGGUGGUCAUCAUUUGGUGUGUCAUCAUAGUGGUCUCUGAUUGGUGGUCAUCAUUUGGUGUGUCAUCAUAGUGGUCUCUGAUUGGUGGUCAUCAUUUGGUGUGUCAUCAUAGUGGUCUCUGAUUGGUGGUCAUCAUUUGGUGUGUCAUCAUAGUGGUCUCUGAUUGGUGGUCAGACCAUUUGGUGUGUCAUCAUAGUGGUCUCUGAUUGGUGGUCAUCAUUUGGUGUGUCAUCAUAGUGGUCUCUGACUGGUGGUCAUCAUUUGGUGUGUCAUCAUAGUGGUCUCUGAUUGGUGGUCAUCAUUUGGUGUGUCAUCAUAGUGGUCUCUGAUUGGUGGUCAUCAUUUGGUGUGUCAUCAUAGUGGUCUCUGAUUGGUGGUCAGACCAUUGGGUCAGACUCGCUCAGGCGAAACAAACUUGCACUUUUUUUCACUGCUGAAUUGAAUGUCAUUGCUAAAACAGAAAGGUGUCAUUAUGUAUUUUUUCACAAAACAUCCAUUCUGAAUUUAAAAGUAAUCCAAUAAGUAAUCAUAUCGUUUUUUCAAAAGGAUCUGUAAUCUGAUUACAAUAUUUUAACUGGUAACAUAACAGAUUACAGUUACAUGUAAUCCGUUACUCCCCAACACUGAGUGGUGAAACUGAGCAUUUCAGUUUGUAUUCUAUUGCUACUGUUAGGAUUUGAACAAACUGAGUAAAAACUCAAACAGACAACUAGAAAAAGCUCAUACCAAGUUUAUUCACCCACUGAGUCGUACAACUGCAAAGACAAGGCAUGAUUACACAAGCACAUAUAUUUAUAACCUUCUAAUAGGCGUGGUCAACUCCUUACUAGACAACCAAUACAUCUCUGUUGCUAGGCAGGAAUUGAAUUGGUUCCUCUCACUGGUGUAGUCACAGCUCUGCCUGUUACUGAAACCUUGGUGGGCGUGGAAGUGUAUGUGUGAGAUAGCGCUACAGUAGGGGAGACAUUGUGGUGGGCCUCUCUGGCCCCUCCUCCCAGAGGAUUCUUCUCAAUUCAUCUGUUGAUUUGACCUCGAGACGCAUUCCUCACUCCUCCCUUGUUCCGCAGCCGGCCUGCCUUAACAGAGCCAUUUCGCCUCCCUCAUCAGAAACGUGUGAACAGAAGAUGCAGUUUCUACUCUCAGUAACUUUCCAUAUUCCUAGUUGCCAUCUACCCUUCAUUGACCCCAACAUAUACAUUCCUUAUACAUGUAAAGUAAUUAAUGAGUUCUAGUAUGGUAACAUGAAUCAGUACAUUUCAAGCUAGAGUCUUAACACUUCAAUACAACACCUCCCAAACUCUAAACUCCAAACUCUAAACUCUAAAGUCUUCCACAGACAUCGGAGUCCUUGCACUGUAUUAAAAUCAUGGUUGUAAUGUCGUCAAUUCAAAAAGUUUUGAAUUGACAAUCACGCUAGGAUGUGGCUCUGGUGAAGUGCUGUUUGAGGAAUAUGGUGUCAUUUGAGGCCUGGUCUAUUGAUUGAAUUCAAUUGGUGCAGUCUUAAGUCUUACAUUUUUAGUCAUUUAGCAGACGCUUUUAUCCAGAGCGACUUAACAGUUAGUGAGUGCAUACAUUUUCAUACCCCCCCCCUGGCGUUGCAAGCGCCAUGCUCUACCAACUGAGCUACAGGGGACUAGGUCUUCACUGGCUGUUUUCUCCCCAGGACUCGACAGAGGUCACUGUGGUCCCCAUAGAGAGACUGAGGCACGGUGUGUCUGGCCUUCCAAUGAUCUGAUAUGUUACAGCACAGACUGGUGCAGUUACAGAUUGUGGUUUCUAGACUGGUGAUUACUAUUGUAAAUCAAUUCCAUGUGUACAAAUUGAUUAUUUGUACACAUGGAGGUGCUUCUACACCUGCAUUACUAGCUGUUUGGGGUUUUAGGCUGGGUUUCUGUACAGCACUUCGAGAUAUUAGCUGAUGUACGAAGGGCUAUAUAAAAUAAAAUUGAUUGAUUAUAUUUGUCUUCAUUGCUCACAUAUUCAGAGUUGGUAAGCUGAACAAAAUGUUGUCUGAAGCUAUGUAUCUUUGGAAUAAGUUUGGUCAUAAUAACAAUUUGUAUGUAUGAUCUCUGUAAUAAUUAGUAAAAUCUUUGGUUAGAUAGGCAGAAGAAUUGACUGUAUUAUGGCUGUCACAUACUUGUCAUGUCUCUAUGUCAACACUAGAGGACACUGUUUUAUAAGUAAAGAUUUGGCUCUUGAAGUACUGAACUAAGGUACAAUACAUUAUUCCUUAUGGAAGGAAUCACUAUUUCUACCCUGUUACACCUCUACAAUGUGUAUUGAAUAGUUUACAAUUAUAUUGUCAACAUCAAGAUGUGGUCCUCUGUAGCUCAGCUGGUAGAGCACGGCGCGUUUGAAACGCCAAGGUUGUGGGUUUGAUCCCCGGGACCACCCAUACACAAAUAAAUGUAUGCACGCAUGACUGUAAGUCGCUUUGGAUAAAAGCGUCUGCUAAAUGGCAUAUUAUUAUUAUUAUUAUAACCAGUGACAAUAUCAAAAGUUGGCCUAAGAUUAGGCUGUCCGUGAACUUACUCCUUCUAUUGAAAAUAUGCUAUCUGGUUGAAACCGAAAUAGUUUUUCUAAACAUUCGGAACUCGGAAAUAUAGGAAAUGGAUAAGUCUUAUUGUGGUAAUCAAUAUGAAGUCUUAUUGUGGAAAUCAAUAUGAAGUCUUAUUGUGGUAAUCAAUAUGAAGUCUUAUUGUGGUAAUCAAUAUGAAGUCUUAUUGUGGUAAUCAAUAUGAAGUCUUAUUGUGGUAAUCAAUAUGAAGUCCUCUGUCUUUCUGUAGCUGCUUAGAAGGGUCUGUAUCCCGUGGUUACAGUAUGUCCCUCAGUCUUUCUGUAGCUGCUUAGAAGGGUCUGUAUCCCGUGGUUACAGUAUGUCCCUCAGUCUUUCUGUAGCUGCUUAGAAGGGUCUGUAUCCCGUGGUUACAGUAUGUCCCUCAGUCUUUCUGUAGCUGCUUAGAAGGGUCUGUAUCCCGUGGUUACAGUAUGUCCCUCAGUCUUUCUGUAGCUGCUUAGAAGGGUCUGUAUCCCGUGGUUACAGUAUGUCCCUCAGUCUUUCUGUAGCUGCUUAGAAGGGUCUGUAUCCCGUGGUUACAGUAUGUCCCUCAGUCUUUCUGUAGCUGCUUAGAAGGGUCUGUAUCCCGUGGUUACAGUAUGUCCCUCAGUCUUUCUGUAGCUGCUUAGAAGGGUCUCUGUAUCCCGUGGUUACAGUAUGUCCCUCAGUCUUUCUGUAGCUGCUUAGAAGGGUCUGUAUCCCGUGGUUACAGUAUGUUCCUCAGUCUUUCUGUAGCUGCUUAGAAGGGUCUGUAUCCCGUGGUUACAGUAUGUCCCUCAGUCUUUCUGUAGCUGCUUAGAAGGGUCUGUAUCCCGUGGUUACAGUAUGUCCCUCAGUCUUUCUGUAGCUGCUUAGAAGGGUCUGUAUCCCGUGGUUACAGUAUGUCCCUCAGUCUUUCUGUAGCUGCUUAGAAGGGUCUGUAUCCCGUGGUUACAGUAUGUCCCUCAGUCUUUCUGUAGCUGCUUAGAAGGGUCUGUAUCCCAUGGUUACAGUAUGUCCCUCAGUCUUUCUGUAGCUGCUUAGAAGGGUCUGUAUCCCGUGGUUACAGUAUGUCCCUCAGUCUUUCUGUAGCUGCUUAGAAGGGUCUCUGUAUCCCGUGGUUACAGUAUGUCCCUCAGUCUUUCUGUAGCUGCUUAGAAGGGUCUCUGUAUCCCGUGGUUACAGUAUGUUCCUCACUCCGAUGAUGAAUGGAUGUUUUCAGAAACACCCCUUUAAUAAACUCACUUAUCGCUCUUCUUAUCGAGAGAUUACAAACAUGAACACACACACACCUCACACAUCACUCUUCCUAUCGGGAGAUUGCUGGAUAAGAGGUAGCCUAUCGAAAACCGUCAUCAUGUAACCAUGAGACCAAGAGGAUAUUAACCACAUGUAAUUACUAUCAACCCCCCCUCCGAAACACCCCCCCACACACACACACACACAUGCACACACACAUGAUAAACCCCUUUAGCUUCAAUACGUUACUAAUACAUCCUGACACAAACACUAAUUAGUCAUUACCCUAGUCCAAUUAAUUUGCUCGUCUCACGUCUGUCUCCUCUUUAUUCAGAUGAAUGGCGAGUCAUAAUGGUAUAAUGAGGGGAAAUCCACCCGUAUUGGCUCAUUUAUAACUGAAUAAGACACGAUACGAGUGUCAGAGAAGAUGCCAACAGCCACUUAUCAGCCAGCUUGUUAAGCCUCCAGUCAUUAUCUAGUGUUCUAAUGGGACCAUCAUGCUAUUACACUGAGAGAGACUGGUGUGUUAUAAUGGGACCAUCAUGGGUUCAAUAUAUUUGCAUCAAUUCAAUGUAUAUCUUCUAUGUUUUUAUCCUAAGGAUCGCUCAGACUGAGGGGCUCAGGGCCUCUACAUUUCAAUUGGCCUCUUUGAUUAUUCUGUAUUUUCUGUGUUUCUGUAUUGCUGUUCUGCAUAUGGAUUCUAAUCUUAAUACUAGAUUUGACACAUUAUUUUAUUUAUUUAUACGAAAGACCUUUCCAAAACACCUCAAAGUCACUUUACAUAAUACAUUCAGCAAGAUAUAUUCUGUGUGUGUUAUGUGGGCAGCUUGUCUCUCCCUUUUCUGUUUCCCUUCCUCCUUGUUUUGUCCCCUCUUUUUCUGUUGUAUGUGUGUUUGUCCCCUUUAUGUGGGUGUGUCUGGAGUGGAGCAGGGGGCGUGCUCAGGAUCUGCCUCUCCUGUGCAGCUGCGGGUUGUUUCCAGUGAUUCCUGCCUACGCAGCUGCAUCCUAUUCUCUCAUCAACCUGCACUACUUAUUCCUGGGCAUGGCUCUCCACCGGCGCCAGAUCGUUGUUCUUACCAGAGCGGUAACUUGGCUCACCAGUAAAGUUUUUUUGUCUUUGUCUUCAGCCUGGCUCUCCACUCUCCUUUACCUGUCGUUUGUUUUGUCUUCAGUUCGGACAUACCUCCCAACCUGCCUGCCUUCCUGCCGGUCGGUCUGCCUGCCUGCCUGCCUGCCUGCCUGCCUGCCUGCCUCAGCCUCUCCUUCCUCCGGAGCCGACUAGCCCACUCUGUUCCUUUACGUCAGUUGUUUUUGGACUAGACAAUUUGAACUUUUAUUAAAACAUUUUUGUUUCUUCCACUCCCUUUGUCGUGUUGGUUUCUCUGAGUGCUGGGUUGAACCAUAGCCUUAACAGAACGAUCUGGCCAUGGACCCAACAGAGAAACAGCACGGGGCAAACAAAGACAGCUUCCAGCAAGCUAUCCAGGCUCAAGGAACGUUGCUAGGACAGCAUGACCAGUUGAUUCGGACUCUUGUGGAAGAUAAUCAUCAACUGCUGAACCAGGUGACUCAGUUAACUACACACGUCUCUAAAUUGUCUGUUAUCAGUUCUCCAUCUCUCUCUGACCCCCAGUUUGAUGCACCCCAAGUUGUUUCCUCGGACACUAGGCAGGCUUCGUUCCGUCGGGAACCCCCUGUCACGUCGCCUGAACCGUUCAAUGGAGAAUUGGACAAGUGCCGGGGAUUUUUGCUUCAGUGUGACUUGAUUUUUCGGCAGAGACCACUGUCGUUUUCUACUGAUUCAUCUAAGGUACAUUAUGUUCUGGGGCUGUUAAGAGGGAAAGCUCUGGUUUGGGCUGAGGCUGUGUGCUCAGAUCAAACUUUGACUGGAUUGACUUUUGCUGAUUUCUCUGCUAAAUUGAAGACUGUUUUUGACCAUCCUGACCAUGUGGGUAAUUCCUCCAAGAUACUUUUUAAUUUGAGGCAGGGUUCUAACAGUGUGGCAGAGUACUCUAUUGAGUUCUGGACGUUGGCAGCGGACUCCAAGUGGAACAAUGUGGCACUUCAAGGAGCAUUUCUAAACGGUUUGAAUGAAGCCAUUAAGGAUGAACUGGCUGCUCGUGAUGAGCCACAUGAUUUACAUUCUCUCGUUUCCCUGUCCAUCAAGCUAGACAAUCGGUUGCGGGAGAGGCGUCGGGAGAGAGGCGAUCGGCCACAUCUAGGAGGACGAAUUCCCCAGCCUUCAACCACUCGAGUCUCGCCUCUCCGGAGUCGGCAGCUUCUUGUUCCUGAUUCCAUCCCGAGCACAGAGGAGGAACCUAUGCAAGUGGGUCGAGCUCGACUACCUCCAGCUGAGCGGCAACGGCGCCUCCAGGCGGGUGAGUGCCUGUACUGUGGAGACGCCACACACAUUCUGGCUACAUGCCCUAAGCGGCCAAAAGACAAGGCUCGCUCGUAACGGUGGGUCUACUUGCGAGCCCAGAGUUAGAUCCUGAACCCAUCAUUCCCCGAUUACAAGUACCUGUAACCUUACGUUUCCAGAGUCAUUCCCUGCCACUCUCAGCUCUCAUAGACUCAGGUGCAGAAGAUAACUUUAUUAGCCACCAGUUCGUUACACAAGCUCGUAUCCCCAUGGAGCCACUACCUACCCCCAUCCGGGUCACAGCCCUUGAUGGGCGCCUCCUCGCGGAGAUAACUCAUCAGACCACCCCCGUUUCCCUAGUGAUUUCUGGCAAUCAUUGUGAAAGCAUUCAGCUAAGAGUUAUGUCUGGCUCAGCUACCUCCCUAAUCCUUGGCUUCCCCUGGUUGGCUCUUCACAACCCACAAAUUGAUUGGACACGUCACACCAUUCUCAGUUGGAGCACUAACUGCCAUUCCGAGUGCCUGAGGUCAGCGGUUCCCCCCACUAAGUGUAACCCAACUCCUCCCUCAGCUCCUCUUGAUCUGUCAUCUGUCCCCAAAGAAUACCAUGACUUAGCGGAGGUUUUCAGUAAGGACAAGGCUCUGUCUCUACCACCACAUAGGCCUUAUGAUUGCCCUAUUGAACUGCUCCCUGGUGCUCCCUUGCCCUCUAGUCGGUUAUACAAUCUGUCCCGACCGGAAAGAGAGGCAAUGGAGCAGUACAUUGGUAAUUCUCUGGUCUCGGGCAUAAUCCGUCCCUCGUCGUCUCCUUUGGGUGCAGGUUUCUUUUUCGUGGAAAAGAAGGACAAGUCGUUACGCCCCUGUAUCGAUUUCAGGGGUUUAAACAACAUAACUGUUAAAAACAAGUAUCCCCUUCCACUCAUCAACUCAGCUUUUGAACCUCUGCAUGGCGCCACAGUGUUUUCCAAGCUCGACCUCAGGAAUGCUUAUCACCUUGUCCGAAUCCGAAAGGGAGAUGAGUGGAAAACCGCUUUCAACACUCCACUGGGACAUUUUGAGUAUUUGGUCAUGCCCUUUGGGCUUUCAAAUGCCCCUGCGGUUUUCCAAGCCAUGGUGAACGAUGUUCUUAGGGAUUUUUUGAACCGUUUUGUCUUUGUAUACCUGGAUGAUAUUCUUGUUUUUUCCAAGUCACCCGAGGAGCAUGAGUCACACGUCCGUCAAGUCCUUCAACGGCUCUUGGAGAACAAGCUGUACGUCAAGGCAGAGAAGUGUGAGUUCCACAAACAGUCUACAUCGUUCCUUGGUUUCAUAAUUGAGAGCGGGCAGGUGAAGGCGGACCCCGAGAAGAUCCGGGCAGUGACGGAAUGGCCCACACCCACCACCCGUAAGCAACUUCAACGAUUUUUGGGCUUUGCUAACUUCUACCGUAGAUUCAUUAAGGGUUUUAGUAGAGUGGUGGCACCCCUUACAAGACUCACAUCUCCUAAAGUCCCUUUUCGGUGGUCCCCUGAGGCGGAGCAGGCGGUAGGGGUUUUGAAGGAACUGUUUUCCACCUCCCCCGUGUUGAUACACCCCAAUACCUCUCUGCAGUUUGUUGUGGAGGUGGACGCGUCGGACUCAGGUGUGGGAGCAGUCCUCUCCCAGCGCUCCCCCACUGACCAAAGGCUUCACCCCUGUGCGUUUUUCUCCAAGAAAUUGUCACCCACAGAACGGAAUUACGACGUUGGAAACCGGGAACUGCUGGCGGUCAAGCUUGCACUGGAAGAAUGGCGGCACUGGCUGGAUGGAGCUGAACUGCCGUUUGUGGUCUGGACUGACCACAAAAACUUGGCUUACAUCCAAGCCACUAAGAGACUCAACUCACGCCAAGCCAGAUGGGCCCUGUUUUUUAGUAGGUUUAACUUUAUUCUUACAUACAGACCGGGGUCAAGAAAUGUUAAACCAGAUGCUUUGUCCCGCCAGUUUGCUGACCCUUCGGAGACCAGCGAGCCUGAGGCAGUCCUGCCUUCCUCAUGCGUCGUGGCGGCUGUUCAGUGGGAGAUCGAGUCUCUUGUGAAGACUGCACUUGCCACGGACAUGGGACCGGGUGAUGGACCUCCCAACCUACUCUUUGUUCCCGAGACGGUCCGGUCUCAGGUGUUGCAGUGGAUUCACACCUCCCGUUUUGCUGGUCACCCUGGGAUGAGACGCACGUUGACGCUGCUUAGGAGACAUUUUUGGUGGCCGUCAAUGGAAACUGACGUUCGGGCUUUUGUGGCAGCCUGUUCAACCUGUGCUCGGGGCAAAGCCUCCCAUCAGUCCCCUUCGGGGCUGCUGCUACCCCUCCCAGUUCCCAGCCGUCCCUGGUCCCACAUUGCCAUGGAUUUUGUCACCGGCCUACCCAAGUCUGAAGGUAAUGAUACUAUACUUACCAUUGUGGACAGAUUCUCUAAAUCUGUCCACUAUAUAGCAUUACCAAAAUUACCGUCUGCCAGUGAGACAGCGGACCUCCUAGUCCAACAUGUAUUCCGUCCCCAUGGAAUACCUGUGGACAUCGUAUCUGAUAGAGGCCCACAGUUUACUUCCCGUGUUUGGAAGGGUUUCUGUUCUGCUUUGGGUGCUUCCGUUAGUCUGUCCUCAGGGUUUCAUCCCCAGACCAACGGUCAAACAGAAAGAGCCAACCAAAACCUCGAAGCAACCCUUCGUUGUGUGGCUGCUCAACAUCCAUCAUCCUGGGCUAAACAUCUGCCCUGGAUAGAGUACGCCCACAACUCCCUCACCGCCUCUGCCACCGGUCUUUCACCCUUCGAGGUUACCAUGGGUUAUCAACCCCCUCUGUUUCCUGCUCAGGAGAAGGAAUUGGCUGUUCCUUCGGUUCAGGAGAACCUCCGCCGCUGCCAGAGAGUGUGGAGCGACGCUCGGGAAGCAUUGCUUCGGACCACCGACAGGAACAAGACAACAGCGGAUAGGAGCAGGACUCCCGCACCUGUGUUUCAUCCUGGUCAAGAGGUUUGGCUGUCAUCUAAGAACGUACCUCUUCGUACCAAAUCACGCAAGCUGUCUCCUCGGUACCUGGGUCCGUUUGUGGUGGAAUCCAUCAUUAACCCCGCUGCGGUUCGUUUGAAGUUGCCUUCAGCCAUGAAGAUACACCCUACCUUCCACGUCUCCCAACUGAAACCUGUGUCCUCCAGCCUUUUGUGUCCGCCGGCUGAUCCACCUCCACCUGUUCGCCUCAUUGACGACCAUCCGGCCUACACCGUCAGUAGGCUCCUGGACUCUCGGAGGCGGGGUAGGGGUCUCCAAUACCUAGUCGAUUGGGAAGGUUAUGGACCAGAGGAGAGGUCUUGGGUCCCUAAGCGUUUUGUGUUGGAUCCUCAGCUGAUCACGGACUUCCAUCAUGACAACCCUGACAGGCCUGGUGGGUCGCCAGGUGGCGACCAUUGAGGGGGGGGUACUGUUAUGUGGGCAGCUUGUCUCUCCCUUUUCUGUUUCCCUUCCUCCUUGUUUUGUCCCCUCUUUUUCUGUUGUAUGUGUGUUUGUCCCCUUUAUGUGGGUGUGUCUGGAGUGGAGCAGGGGGCGUGCUCAGGAUCUGCCUCUCCUGUGCAGCUGCGGGUUGUUUCCAGUGAUUCCUGCCUACGCAGCUGCAUCCUAUUCUCUCAUCAACCUGCACUACUUAUUCCUGGGCAUGGCUCUCCACCGGCGCCAGAUCGUUGUUCUUACCAGAGCGGUAACUUGGCUCACCAGUAAAGUUUUUUUGUCUUUGUCUUCAGCCUGGCUCUCCACUCUCCUUUACCUGUCGUUUGUUUUGUCUUCAGUUCGGACAUACCUCCCAACCUGCCUGCCUUCCUGCCGGUCGGUCUGCCUGCCUGCCUGCCUGCCUGCCUGCCUCAGCCUCUCCUUCCUCCGGAGCCGACUAGCCCACUCUGUUCCUUUACGUCAGUUGUUUUUGGACUAGACAAUUUGAACUUUUAUUAAAACAUUUUUGUUUCUUCCACUCCCUUUGUCGUGUUGGUUUCUCUGAGUGCUGGGUUGAACCAUAGCCUUAACAGUGUGCCUGUAUUGCUGUAGAAUGGUUUGCCACCGCUCUGUGUAAUUCGCGUGUGUGCGUGAGUGUGUGUGUUUGUGUGUGCGUGCGUGUGCACGCCGGUUUGUGUCUAUCUACCUGUGUCUUGGUCUGUAUAUUUCUGUACUGUACAUGGCUUUACUCUAACUCUACUCUGGGGAGUCAUGCCUGGCUGCGUCUCCCUGGUUGUUCUACUAUGGGUCAGCAGGAGCUCUGGGUUCUGGGCUGAAAUAAAUACAUGGGCAGGUAGAAUCAGCAGAAUACUGUAGCCAUCCCCUAAGAGAGAGAGAAAGAGAUAGAGAGAGAGAGAGAGAGAGUGUGUGUGUGCGUACAAGAUUGCACUUGUUUGUGUCUCUCUCUCUCUCUCUUUCUCUCUCUUUCUCUCUUUCUCUCUCUCUCUCUCUCUUUCUCUCUCUCUCUCUCUCUCUCUCUCUCUCUCUCUCUCUCUCUCUCUCUCUCUCUCUGUGUGUGUGUAUUUAGCCCGGCCCAUGUCUGCUGAGCACAGUAGGAGUGCCAUCACAUUGGCAGAGAUGACCAGUCGUCAGAAUUGCAUCAGUUGUGCUUAUUGAGCUGUGAGCUUGAAUAUCAUUAUCACCUUCUAUAAUCUGCCAGUUCAUCUACAGCCAGAACCUGUCUGUGAAACAGCCAGAACACAGGCAGAAUACAGCCAGAGCACAGCCAGAACACAGCCAGAAAACCAUCAGAAAUCAGUCAGAAAACAACCUACAUGUAUGCCAAGACAGACACAACAAGUCCCUGGUACAGACAGAGGUUGUGUCCCAAAUAGCACCCUAUUCCCUACAUAGUGCACUACUUUUCACCAGAGCCCAUAGAGCCCUGGUCAAAAGUAGUGCACUAUAUAGGGAAUAUGGUGCCAUUUGGGAUGUAGCCAGAGACACAGCCAAUGCCAAGAUGACACAACAAGUCCUUGGUACUGAUAGAGACAAAGCCAGAGACACUAACACUGUAUACAGGACAGACACUUCUUGUCUGGCAGAUCUACAGUAUGUGCUUUGUUUAGCCCAGUAUUACAUUUUCUGUACCAGAGGCUGUCGCACUAUGUUACUUACUUCCUCUAUGAAGCCAUCUUACAUUGAGAGAGAGAGAGAGAGAGAGAGAGAGAGAGAGAGAGAGAGAGAGAGAGAGAGAGAGAGAGAGAGAGAGAGAGAGAUAGGGGGGAUAUAAACUCAAAGACAGAUCAUAUAAACAAUAUACGACAGUACAAUAAUGACAAGAUGAACAUUCAACUCUUAUAAGGGGGAUAGAUACAGUAUACACUGAUUAUACAAAACAUUAAGAACACCUGCUCUUUCCAUGACAUAGACUGACCAGGUGAAUCCAGGUGAAAGCUAUGAUCCCUUAGUGAUGUCACCUGUUAAAUCCACUUCAAUCAGUGUAGAUGAUGGGGAGGAGACAGGUUAAAGAAGGAUUUUUAAGCCUUGAGACAAUUGAGACAUGGAUUGAGUAUGUGUGCAAUUCAGACGGUGAAUGGGCAAGACAAAAUAUGUAAGUGCCUUUGAACAGGGUAUGGUAUUAGGUGCCAGGUGCACUGUUUUGUGUCAAGAACUGCAACGUUGCUGGGUUUUUCACGCUCAACAGUUUCCCGUGUGUAUCAAUAAUGGUCCACCACCCAAAGGACAUCCAGCCAACUUGACACAAUUGCAGGAAGCAUUGGAGCCAACAUGGGUCAGCAUCCCUGUGGAAUGCUUUCGACACCUUGUAGAGUCCAUGCCCCGACGAAUUGUGGCUGUUCUGGGUGCAAAAAGGGGGGUGGAACUCAAUAUUAGAAAGGUGUUCUUAAUGUUUUAUGUACUCAGUGUAUGUAUACAAUAUAUACACCGAACAAAAAUAUUAACACAACAUGCCACAAUUUAAAAUAUUUUUCUGAGUUACAGUUUAUAUAAGGAAAACAGUCAAUUGAAAUUCAUUAGGCCCUAAUCUAUGGAUUUCACAUGACUGGAAAUACAGAAAUGCAUCUGUUGUUCACAGAUACCUUAAAAGAAAGGUAGGGGUGUGGAUCAGAAAACCAGUCAGUAUCUGGUGUGACCACAGUUUGCCUCAUGCAGUGCGACACAACCCUUUGCAUAGAGUUGAUCAGGCUGUUGAUUGUGGCUUAUGGAAUGUCCUCUUCAACGGCUGUGCGAAAUUGCUGGAUAUUGGCGUGAACUGGAACAUGUUGUUGUACAGGUCGAUCCAGAGCAUCCCAAACAUGCUCAAUGGGACAUUUUUAGCUUCCAGGAAUUGUGUACAGAUCCUUGAGACAUGGGGCUGUGCAUUAUCAUACUGAAACAUGAGGUGAUGGCGGUGGAUGAAUGGCAAGACAAUGGGCCUCAGGAUCUCGUCACGGUAUCUCUGUGCAUUCAAAUUGUCAUCGAUAAAAUGCAAUUGUGUUCGUUGUCCGUAGCUUAUGCCUGCCCAUACCAUAACCCUGCCGCCACCAUGGGGCACUCUGUUCACAACGUUGACAUCAGCAAACCACUCGCCCACAUGACGCCAUACACGCUGUCUGCCAUAUGCCCGGUACAGUUGAAACCGGAAUUCAUCCAUGAAGAGCACACUUCUCCAGCGUCCAUCGAAGGUGAGCAUUUGCCCACUGAAGUCGGUUACAACGCCAAACUGCAGUCAGGUCAAGACCCUGGCGAGGACGACGAGCACACAGAUGAGCUUCCCUGAGACGGUUUCUGGCAGUUUGUGCAGAAAUUCUUUGGUUGUGCAAAACAACAGUUUCAUCAGCUGUCCAGGUGGCAGGUCUCAGACGAUCCCGCAGGUGAAGAAGCCAAAUGUGUAGGUCCUGGGAUGGCGUGGAUACACAUGGUCUGCAGUUGUUAGGCUGGUUGGAAGCACUGUCAAAUUCUCUAAAAUGACGUUGGAGGCGGCUUAUGGUAGUGAAAUGAACAAUACAUUCUCUAGCACCAGCUCUGGUGGACAUUCCUGCAGUCAGCGUGCCAAUUGCACGCUCCCUCAAAACUCGAGACAUCUGUGGCAUUGUGUUGGGUGACAAAACUGCACAUUUUAGAGUGGCCUUUUAUCGUCCCCAGCACAAGGUGCACCUGUGGUCCUGUGUUGCUCAGUUUUGUAUCUGCCCUCUGAUAUGUGGACCAACUCUCCCGCCUCCAACUCCCUCCAAGCCCUCCAACGGUAUCCUAUCUAUCUAUACACCAACCAUUGAAUAAGCUCUGUAAACUGUCGGGAAGGAGAUGGAGAGCUGGGGAACGUUUAUUUUCCCCCUCUAGGGAUGCUUCCCGAAUGCCACACUAUUCCCUGUAUAGUGCACUUAUUUUGGCCAGAGCGUAGUGUUCCUGGACGGAGAAGAACAGGAAGUGAAUCUCUCAAAAUAAGUUCUCUCUUUUUCCUCUCUUUUCAUUGUUGCCUCUCUUUCGGAGAAGUUGUGCCUUUGGGGUGAAACCGUAGUGGUAAAACUGAAAUGAGGUUGGUAAGGGGAGGACGGGCUCGAACGGAAUACAUCAAACGCAUGGUUUCCAUGGUUUCCAGGUGUUUGAUGCCAUUCCAUUCGCUCCGUUCCGGCCAUUGUUAUGAGCCGCCCUCCCCUCAGCAGCCUCCACUGGUGUGUUCAUAUUGAAGCUAUGGUGCUUUAACUUCAUGCCCCUUAACAUCCACACUGAACAACAGUGAAAAUGAGUUUCAGAGAUCUAAAGUAGUAGACCCUAAAAUUGAAAAUGUCUUCAGAGAACUGCUUUACAUUCUUGUCACUGUCGCCCUUCUCUUUUGGAGAACCUGACUCAUGACAGCAGGGCGAAGUGGUUUUGCUAAAAGAGAUAUUUGUUGAAGGUGGUGUACAUUACUUCGACUUCACAACCCUCAAUAUCAACACUGGAUAACUGUGAGCAGGAGUUUCAGAGAUGUGUAUAUAUUUUGGCAAGUAGCGUUAAAAUAUCAUGUUGUGUGUUUUCAUCAUUUGUAAACAGACUGAGCUGAGAAUAUAUUUUCGACACACACACAGUGUGUCACGCCCUGGCUCUGGGGACUCUGAAAUGUUGAGCCAGGGUGUGGAUUUUCUAUGUUUAGUUUCACGGGGUAGCUUCUAUGUUGUGUUUUCUAUGUUUUGGGUUUUGUUCUAGAUCAUAUAGAUCUAUGUUGGUCAGGGUGGUUCCCAAUCAGAGGCAGCUGUUGCUCGCUGUCUCUGAUUGGGAGCCAUACUUAGGUAGGCUGUUUUCAGCUAUUCUUUGUGGGAUCUUGUUCUGAUUUGGUUUGUGUUAUACCGUAGACGUCACGUUAUCGUUGUUGUUUUGAUCGUGUGAUCAUUCUAAAUAAAUAAUAUGUUCACCUUCAACGCUGCGCCUUGGUCCGCUUCAUCAUGUGUCAACGAUCGUGACACAGUGCCUGUGGAGGUAGAGUUAGGGUGAGACUGUUUAGGAGCGAGCCACACUCUGUGACAUUAAUCACAACUAUCUCUCCUCUCCCAAACUCUCCCUGCCAGCCUUAGCCCCACUACCACUGUCAAUUAACUCUGCCAACCUCAAUCUCCUUGAGCAAGGUAUUCCCACACACACACACGCAUGCAUGAUAACACACACACACACACACACACACACACACACACACACACACACACACACACACACACACCUGGUCCCUAAUUAUGAGGAGAAAGAGGCAUGGGUAACAUGUAAUAUGCUAAUCACAUCCAUUAUGUUUUAAUGGAGCUGAUUAUGGAGCUGAGUUGUUUGUUUGCUAUCCAUUUCCCAAUUGGAACACACACACACACACACACACACACACACACCACACACACACGUUACGUUACGUUACGGUAGUCAAUUGUAUCCGAUGAUGACUUCCUCUUCUGAGUUAACGGUGAAAUCGUUGGUGACACACACACACACACAGAAACACACACCUCCCCUCUCAGUGUAUACAAUCAAUAGGGAGUAUUUAUUUGGGGUAAUUUGGUCAUUGGCAACAAGUGAGAGUAUAGUACACUGUAACUCUUUCCCUUCACACAUAACCUAAACUAUACACUACUAUACCCUGUAGCCACAGCCCAGAGAAGCCACAGCCCAGAGAAGCCACAGCCCAGAGAAGCCACAGCCCAGAGAAGCCACAGCCCAGAGAAGCCACAGCCCAGAGAAGCCACAGCCCAGAGAGGAGAAGGCAGAUCAGAUGAGUGUUAA